UCACCCCUGCCCCAUAUUGACACACAAUGAAACACCCCACCCUUUAUCUUUAAAUCUGUUCUCUUGUCCAUACUCAAGCUGUAGAGUCUUCUAGAGAGUCAAGUAAACAUCCAACAUGCCUGUCGACUACAGCGGGACGUGGGACAUUAGCAGCAAUGUCAAUUUUGAGGGCUACAUGGUGGCACUUGGCAUUGAUUUUGCAACACGCAAGAUUGCCUCGAUGUUGAAGCCCCAGAAAGUGAUUAAACAAGAUGGAGACUGUUUCUCAAUCAGGACGUUCACUACGUUCAGAAACUACGAGUGUUCAUUCAAAAUUGGAGAAGAGUUCACAGAGGUGACUAAAGGGAUGGACAACAGGUUAUGCAAGACUGUGGUCCACUGGGAAAAUGAUAGGCUGGUGUGUGUACAGAAAGGAGAAAAGAAGAACCGAGGAUGGACUCACUGGAUUCAGGGUGACGAGCUUCAUCUGGAACUUACUUGUGAGGAUAAAGUCUGCAAGCAAAUUUAUAAAAGGACUCUGUGAUCUUUAAGACCAUUUCAGACUUAAUUCACACAUCAAAUGGACAACUUAAUUAAAAAAAAGCAUGUCAUUUGAAUAUUAUAACGUGUUGUUCAAUCAACGGGUUAAAUGUGUGUUUUUAACAUUGCAGUACCUCCUCCGGACCACACGAUGAUGCUAUAAAAGUUGUACAUUAAAUAAAAUAAUUAAACACAA